CUGCACCGCGCUCAGCGCUGGACCUCUUGGCCUCUCUUGCGGCGCUCUCGAAGCCGCUGUCGGCAACAUCGCCCAGACAGCCAAUCCCCCACACUUCCAGCAGUGCUGGCCUGCUGGGCCGCUAUUGCUAACGCUCUGCCUCUCCAGUCCUGUCUCGAAGGGGAACGAUGAGGAAGCAGCUUUUUUUGUUCUACCUACCUCAAGGCCGAGCUUAUAAACGAGUUGCAUAUGCUAUCACGCCAGCGAGCGGAGCACGUGCGGUCACGCGGCAACGUCAUGGUCAAGGGUGGACCUCGUGUGCUCGGGAAGACGGGCUUCGGCACACAGUAUGGAAGUCCUGCGCAGCAAGCGGUGAGGCUGGCUGGAACGCCAGUCUGCAGCGCUCGUCUAGUGGCCCGCCUCAGAGGUUUACGCUUGUGUGGCAGUUGAGGUCGACUCUGGACGCCUCGGUGUGGUCAUCCUCUCCAAGGAGACCACCGAUCGAAUACUCAACCUUCGACAGGCUGCGGAUGAGGAAAUUGAGAUAUGCGAUGCCGCUCUCCGUGUGGCCUUGGAUCACCUUCAAUUUGACCUGGCCGAGCUUCUGCCAACCGGGAUGUUGUGACGACUUCUCAGCCGAGAAGAAUAUGCCGGAUGGAUGCUCAGGCACAGAGGCCCACGCACCUGUCACGUUGAUGGACUGGAUGUACAUGUCUGCGCAGGUGGCCCCAAGCCUCUGGACGUCGGCUCGAAUGUCCAGAAGGGUGCUAAACGCGUCGGCAAGCCUCGGAAUAUGAACCAGUGAGUGCAGACCGGGCUGCAUCAGGUCGAACCGCUGGCCAUAGACGUUGACCAAAUGAGGAUCUCCCUUCGCAGAAGCCGCGCUCGGAGUCGGACUCGGCGUCGGACUCGGUGUCGGAGGAUCUGUUACCGUGGUCACCGUAGGGGCUGUAGCAGAAUUGGCCACCGCCUCCACACCGAAAGCCGCCGCGCCAGCCACACCGCUCAUCUCCGAUACGAAGUCCUGCGUGUACUCCUCCGCUGAGACAUGCGCCAAGUCUGCGGAGAGCGAGUCGACCUGCUGCUGUUCGACACCGUCCGAAUCGUCGCCAGGUACUUCCACGGAAUACUCAACCUCAAUCUCAUCCAUCUCAUCUGCGUCCGAGGCAACCCUGCGGAGACUUGGAAUAGAGAGCUGGACGGACAAGACAGCACUGGACGGGAGGGCAGACACCCGAGAGCGGCCGGAGCGUUCGAAGGCUCCUCGCACGAAGCUGUCUCCGAUGAACGCCGAUGAGUAGCCUCUCCUGACCCGGAGGCGGAACCUCCAAGUGAAAUAGUACCACCACCUCCAACGGCAAGUUGGGGACAUCCACAAGCAGGUGGCGAUCGUCCCUGUGGAAAGGCACUGUCCAGAGUACACAGAGAACAACGAAUUUGACCUGCACCAGUAGCACCCCGCCGCAUAUUGGCAAGGCUUGCAGGAGGAGUAUUUGCUGCACGAAUUGGCCGUAGGAUAGGGCGUGGGAUAGGGCGUGGGAUACGGCGAGGGAUAAGGCGUGGGAUAGGGCGUGGGAUAAGGCGUGGGAUACGGCGUGGGAUAAGGCGUGGGAUAAGGCGUGGGAUAGGGCGUGGGAUGCAGCGUAGGCGAGGGCGUGGGGUAGGGCGUGGGAUAGGGCGUGGGAUAAAGCGUGGGAUGCGGCGUGGGAUAUGGCGUGGGAUACGGCGUAGGCGAGGGUGUAGGUGCCAGCGAAGGCGACGGAGUAGGCGAAGGUGUAGGAUAGGGCGUGGGGAAGGGCGUGGGAUAUGACGUGGGAUUCGGAGUAGGUGAUAACGAAGGCGAUGGCGUUGGCGAAGGUGUGGGCGAGGGCGUGGGCGAGGGCGUGGGCAAGGGCGUGGGCGAGGGUGUCGGCAAGGGCGUGGGCAAGGGCGUAGGCGAGGAGCGUUGGCGAGGACGUAGGCGAGGGAGUUGGUGAUGGCGAAGGCGAGGGCGUGGGCGAGGCCGUAGGCGACGGCGUAGGCGAAGGCGUGGGAUAGGGCGUGGGCAAAAGCGUAGGCGAGGGCGUGGGCAAGGGCGUAGGCGAGGGCGUAGGUGCCGGCGUAGGCGAGGUCGUAGGCGAGGAAGUGGGCGACGCCGUGGGGUAGGGCGUGGGCAAAAGCGUAGGCGAGGGCGUCGGCGAGGACGUAGGCGAGGGAGUUGGUGAUGGCGUAGGCGAAGGCGUGGGCGAGGCUGUAGGCGACGGCGUAAGCAAAGGCGUGGGCGAGGGCGUGGGCGAGGGCGUAGGCAAGGGCGUGGGCGAAGGUGUCGGCGAGGGCGUGGGCAAGGGCGUAGGUGCCGGCGUUGGCGAGGACGUAGGCGAGGGUGUAGGCGAGGAUGUUGGCGACGACGUUGGCGAAGGCGUGGGCGCGGGCGUAGGCGAAGGCGUGGGCAAUGGCGUGGGCGAAGGUGUCGUGGGUAAGGGCGUAGGCGAGGGCGUAGGUGUCGGCGUGGGCGAGGUCGUAGGCGAGGGAGUGGGCGACGCCGUGGGGUCAGGCGUGGGCAAUAGCGUAGGCGAGGACGUCGGCGAGGACGUAGGCGAGGGAGUUGGUGAUGGCGUAGGCGAAGGCGUGGGCGAGGCUGUAGGCGACGGCGUAGGCGAAGGCGUGGGCGAGGGCGUGGGCGAGGGCGUAGGCAAGGGCGUGGGCGAAGGUGUCGGCGAGGGCGUGGGCAAGGGCGUAGGCGAGGGCGUAGGUGCUGGCGUGGGCGAGGUCGUAGGCGAGGGAGUGGGCGACGCCGUGGGGUUGGGCGUGGGCAAGAGCGUAGGCAAGGGCGUUGGCGAAGACGUAGGCGAGAGGGUUGGUGAUGGCGUAGGCGCGGGUGUAGGCGAGGCGGUAGGCGACGGCGUAGGCGAAGGCGUGGGCGAGGGCGUGGGCGAGGGCGUAGGCGAGGGCGUGGGGCGUGGGCAAGGGCGUAGGCGAGGGCGUAGGUGCCGUCGUGGGCGAGGUCGUAGGCGAGGGAGUGGGCGACGCCGUGGGGUAGGGCGUGGGCACAAGCGUAGGCGAGGGCGUUGGCGAGGACGUAGGCGACGGAGUUGGUGAUGGCGUAGGCGAAGGCGUGGGCGAGGCUGUAGGCGACGGCGUAGGCGAAGGCGUGGGCGAGGGGGUGGGCAUUGGCGUAGGCGAGGGCGUAGGUACUGGCGUAGGCAAGGGCGUAGGCGAGGGCGUAGGUGCCGGCGUGGGCGAGGUCGUAGGCGAGGGAGUGGGCGACGCCGUGGGGUAGGGCGUGGGCACAAGCGUAGGCGAGGGCGUUGGCGAGGACGUAGGCGACGGAGUUGGUGAUGGCGUAGGCGAAGGCGUGGGCGAGGCUGUAGGCGACGGCGUAGGCGAAGGCGUGGGCGAGGGCGUGGGCGAAGGCGUAGGCAAAGGCGUGGGCGAGGGUGUCGGCGAGGGCGUGGGCAAGGGCGUAGGCGAGGGCGUAGGUGCCGGCGUGGGCGAGGUGGUAGGCGAGGGAGUGGGCGACGCCGUGGGGUAGGGCGUGGGCACAAGCGUAGGCGAGGGCGUUGGCGAGGACGUAGGCGACGGAGUUGGUGAUGGCGUAGGCGAAGGCGUGGGCGAGGCUGUAGGCGACGGCGUAGGCGAAGGCGUGGGCGAGAGGGUGGGCAUUGGCGUAGGCGAGGGCGUAGGUACUGGCGUGGGCAAGGGCGUCAAAGACGAGAGCGUGGGCAAGGGCGUGGGCAGUGGUGUAGGCGAUGGCGUAGGCGGGGGAGUGGGCGAGAUCAUAGGCGCGGGAGUAGAGGAAGUGGCCAAGGCCACCAGGUUGACAGUGGGUGUGGGAGUCGCGUCAUUUGUGACACAGCCAGUGCAGUUCGUGGCCGUCAGGAGAUCCCACCUCUGCGCGGCGGUCAUGGACCCCGCCGUAGGAUACGCCUCGUACAUCCUGGCCACGAGCCCGGCGACGUGUGGGCAGGCCAUUGAUGUGCCCGUGUUGAAAUAGGUCUGGGUGUUGCUGAAUGGACCCAGCGAGAGGAUGUUCGUGCCCGGAGCAUACACAUCAAUGCAAGAGCCCCAGUUGCUGUACGAAGACCUGUCCCAUGAGCUCCCUGAAGCCCCACCAAAAGCAGCUACGGUGAUCGCUGACGAAAUCCAAGCUGGAUUGUAGGUGCACGCGUCUGCGUUGGCGUUCCCUGCAGCCACCACCACGGUCACGCCAUCGGCCACCAGGUUGUCAAUGGAGGUUUCCUCUGCGAGGUCAUUGUAGUUGGCCUGGAUACUGAUGCUGACCACCGCUGGCCUGUUCCCAGACGACAAAAUCCACUGCUCGGCUAGAAUGGACCAUGUGGUCCAGCCCGAGCCUGCGUCAUUAAGGACCUUCAUGGCGUAGAUAGAAGCGCCGUCCGCGACGCCGUAUGUCGAGGCCCCGACUGUUCCCGCGCAGUGGCUGCCGUGCCCAUGCUGGUCGGCAGCGCACGUCGUGCUGGACGGCGAGCACACUGUGAGAGUGCCUGGGUACGUCCCCGAGGCGGCCACGUCCACUCCGGCGAAGGCGCGGCCGCCGAACUCGUUAUGAGUGAUGCGAACGCCAGUGUCCAGCACGUACACGCUCACUCCCGCGCCUUUCCCACGGACCACGUCCGCAUUGAGGUACUGGAUGCCCCAUGGGUAGGUCCGCCGCUCUGAAUUCGAAACCUCUUCGAUGACCGGCGCGGCCGGCGCGUCCACCCUUUGCUGCCACCGAUCCUCUACGACAAACUUCAGACGCCCUGGGUGUCUGUUGAUGAACGAGUGAAGACUACCGACAUCCAAGCUACCCAUCACCAUGGGCACCUCGCCCAUGCUCGCGUGCGUCGCAAGGCCAUUCGGCAACUCCUUGCUCAGUGACACGGACUCCUCCUCUAAGGCGUCGCUUUCCAACAUGAUGAUCCACGGGCGCGCCACCGCGAUUCCGCCAGCGGCGGCGGCGGCGCCACUCAUGGGUGAAGCGGCGUAGAUGGGCACAGAACCAUACGUGAAGAACUCCCUCCCCGAUGAAUCCCUGGACUGUGUCGUAGCAGUCAUCUUGGACGCCUCGGGUUUCUGUGUCGACAGUCGAUCAUCUCUUGAUAGCAACUGCGGUGGCUGGCCGGAGCUCCACGUCUGAAACAGUCUGAGGUCGUCUGGAGGGACCAAGCCACUGACGCCGAGGGCCCCGACCAAGCUUGCGACCAAGAGAGGGCGCAUCGUUCACAAACGAAACUGCGCUAAUAUGUAUGGGUAAGAAAAGAUGUGUACGCGUAUGUUUUGACUGUGCCUGUUUGAUGCGAUCCUUGAUUCACAAAGGCUGCGGAAACCUCUCUAAGGGAACUCCUUCAUCACAAGCUGGCAUUCAACACUGCCGACCACUAUCACUUUGGCAGCUGGCUUCCCAGUAUCCCAGCAGGCAGCGGUUAUGGAUAUCUGUAGCCCCACCAGUGCCCAAGCAA